GUAGAGGGAAGAAAAAAGUGUGAAAGGAGUGAACAACAGAGUGAUAUUGCUGCAGUCAUGGAGCUUCGCGCAGAGCUUCUCAAGUCUAUUUGGUAUGGUUUCACUGCUCUGGACCUGGAGAAGAGUGGUAAGGUGUCCAAGUCUCAGCUCAAGGUGCUGUCCCAUAACCUGUGCACAGUCUUGUCCAUCCCCCACGACCCAGUAGCUUUGGAGGAGCACUUCAGGGAUGAUGAUGAUGGCCCUGUGUCCAGCCAGGGCUACAUGCCUUACCUCACCAAAUAUAUCCUCGACAAGGUGGAAGAGGGUGCAUUCAACAAAGAGAACGUUGAUGAGCUGUGUUGGACCCUCACAGCGAAGAAAAACUACCGGCCAGACAGGAGCACCACGACUGUGCUCCCAGAGAAAGAUGCUUUUCGGCUCUGGUGUCUUUUCAAUUUUCUCUCGGAGGAUAAAUACCCUUUGGUGAUGGUCCCUGAUGAGGUGGAGUACCUCCUUAAGAAAGUAUGCAUGGCCAUGAGCAUAGAGUUGAACUGUGUUGAACUAGAGGACUUCACUUCCCAAGAUGUAGUGCAACGGAAUGGCUUCAGUGUUUGGGGUUUUCUGGAGAUGAUGAACUCUGGAAAGAUAACCAGAGGGAUGGAUAAGGACAUAACCAGCAUGGCUAUCGAGGAGAUAUACAGAGAAAUAGUCGGGGACGUGCUCAAGGAGGGCUACUUGUGGAAGAAGGGCCAGCUGAGAAGAAACUGGAAGGAGAGAUGGUUCACUCUGAGACCAAGCAGCCUGGCCUACUACUCUGGAGAAGACCGGAAGGAAUGCCAUGGCAAUAUCACUCUGGAUGGGAACUGCUGUGUGGAGGUAUUGCCGGAUCGAGAUGGGAAGAGGUGUAUGUUCUGUCUUAAAACUCUUUCAAAGACUUAUGAGAUGAGCGCCUCAGACACCAAGCAGAGACAAGAAUGGACCACCGCCAUUCAGACAGCCAUCCGUCUGUACGUGGAGGGGAAGACCUCCCUCCACAAGGACCUGAAGCUGAAACGCAGGGAGCAGCGGGAACAGCGCGAAAAAAGGCGACUGGACAAAGAGGAGGAGCUGCAGAGGCUGCGGGCCCUGCAGGAGGAGAGGGAGCACAAGCUGGCUGAGCUGGAGGUCCUCAGGGAGGCGCAGAAGCAGGCCCAGGUGCUCCAGGAGCAGGACGAGCAGAAGAGGCGGGAGCAGCACGAGCAGCUCCACCGGACCCUGGAGAUCCAGCUCCGGGAGGCGGAGGAGGCACGGGCCAGCAUGCAGGCAGAGAUGGUUCUGAAAGAGGAGGAGGCAGAGAGGCAGAAGAAGAGGAUCCACGAGCUGGAGGAGAUGCAGAAACACCUGAAGGAGGCCUUGCAGCUUGAGAUAAAAGCCAGGAUGGAUGAGGAGGCCUUCCGCUAUGCCCAAACCGGGCUGUUGGCCGAGGAAGAGGAGAAGAUGAAGGCUCUGAUGGCCCUGCAGGAGGAGCAGGAAGAGUACAUCGUGAAGACCCAGCGGGAGAAGCAGGAGCUUAAGCAGGAGAUGGAGACAAAGUCUCGCGCGCUGGACGAGGCCCAGAGGCAGCUGGAGACAGUCCGCGCAAAUCGCUACCGGGUCGACCAGGACGUGGUGGCUGCCCAGAGGAAGCUUCGCCAAGCCAGCACCAAUGUGAAACACUGGAAUGUUCAGAUGAACAGACUGAUGCGUCCAAUUGGCCCAGGAGAGAAGAGACCAUCUCUAGGAAGCUCCUACUCAUCCUUCCCGAUGCCCUGCCAGAGGGACCCAGGGCUGCGUCUCCGGCCGCGUGCAGAAGGGAAAGAUGAGGAGAGCAAGGAGAACCUGGACAACGGGGCGGGCUGCGGAGACGAGAAACGCCUUUCGCAGGCGUCCAAUGGAGAAAUGGACACCCCCUGAGAGAGCCACAUCAGAGACAGUUAUUGUGGAUCAAGUAGUAGAACUGGAGCCAACGUGCGAGAGACUAGGCUAUGGCACGACACUCCUACCAUGGAGGGUUCUGCAUGGGAGAUAGGUAGUGUAAAUACGUGGGGUACAACUCAAGAAGGUAUAGCCACACCAAAACAAAACUGAGUUGACUGACAUUUGUGCUAAAUAUUGGAUUAACCUUCACCACCUUACACUAUUUUAUGCAUUGUGCAUGCAUAUAUAUGUUGUGUAAAUUGUUGCUUAACUAAUGUCUGUUUUAUGUUUGGUUAGUUUGGUCAAUACAAGGGUAAUAGGAAUGGCAAAGUGCGACCCUGAUCAAUAGAACAUUUCCAGUAAAAAAAUAAAAGUGCAAGUCAGUGUAUCAUUGUACCUUUGGUAGGAUGUAACUAAUCUGUCAUUUAGUAAGGCUCUAAUAUAGAUUUAUGAAGUUAAAUCGAUUUUUCCAAACGUCUUGAUUUUUUUCCAGUCAAGCUCAUCAUAAUUUCAGAAGCUCUCAAAUUUUAAUAUAAUAUAUAUGUAUAUAUCCUCGCAUACACAGGAAAAGGAAAAAACAGAACUAAAGAAAAAAAAUGUCUUCAUACUUCCUGUUUCCAUGUCGGUUAACCAACAUUUAAAAAGAGAGUGCACGUCAGAGAUUCCUCGGUAUUCUCGUUGUAAAGAAAAUGGUUUAAUCCCUCAGUGUGUUCUUAUAUUUAACUAGAUACGUGUCACCUAACUGUUUUCAUUUGGAUAUAUUAAACACAAACAACAUGUAAUUGUGUUACUAAAGUGUUAAACAGUCUUGGCGCACGACGAUUUUUACUUCCUGUGUUUCAAGUAGGCUUGCAUAAUUAGUUCACAGUAAAGAAAUGUGUCAUCAGUGA